AUGGAUGAUGUGCAUGGAGUCUUCUCUGUUCGGAAUGCCUGGGAGUCUCUUCGACUUCGCUGCCUUAGGGUAACUUGGUAUCACAUUGUAUGGUUCCCUAAAUGUAUUCCACGUCAUGCAUUUAUCCUUUGGCUAACAAAUCUAGAUGGCAUCUACACACAGACAAAGCUUCUUCGCUUUGGUUUGGUACAGUCUAUGUGUUGUGUGCUGUGUGGUUGUUCAGUGGAAGAUUUGGAUCAUCUGUUUUUUGCUUGCCCAUUUUCUGAGCGUGUUUGGCAUGCUUUGCAUGCAAAAUGUAACUCACCUUGGGUUCAACGGAGUUGGGCAGAUACUCUUUCUUGGAUGGAGCAGUUUUGUGGGAGAUCAAUGGAAUCCAUUGUCAUUCGGUUGAUGUUUGUGGCUUUGAUUUAUGCUAUAUGGAGGGAACGCAAUGUUAGGACCCAUGGUGAGGCUCCUAAAAACGAGCCUACUGACUGGGCAAAUCUCCCGAAUCGAACCGAACGGAUCGAACCCGAACUCGAAUCCGAACCGAACUGA